GCCAAAUCAUUUUGGUGUCUUUUGGAACUCGUCUUCGUUCUCCUCUGUUUCGUCUCCCUUGUUUUUCUGGCGCUGUACAGCCAUGGGAACUCAAGCUCCAACUGACCAGAAUUAUUACUCCAAUAAUGUUGAUGAACGAACUGCAAAGGAAAAGGCAAUUGAUGACUGGCUUCCUAUUACUUCAUCAAGGAAUGCAAAAUGGUGGUACUCAGCCUUCCACAAUGUCACUGCCAUGGUUGGAGCUGGUGUCCUGGGUCUCCCGUUUGCCAUGGCAGAACUGGGAUGGGGACCUGGUGUAACUGUGUUGGUCAUAUCUUGGGUUGUCACUCUAUACACUUUAUGGCAAAUGGUUGAGAUGCAUGAAAUGGUACCUGGGAAGCGUUUCGACAGAUACCAUGAGCUUGGUCAGCAUGCUUUUGGUGAAAAGCUUGGUCUAUGGAUAGUAGUGCCCCAACAGCUAAUUGUAGAAGUUGGUGUUAACAUAGUCUAUAUGGUCACUGGAGGGAGAUCACUGAAGAAAUUCCAUGAUAUAGUGUGCAAAGAUUGCAAAAGUAUCAAACUCACUUACUUCAUUAUGAUCUUUUCCUCUGUCCAUUUUGUUCUCUCCCAUCUCCCAAACUUCAACUCCAUUUCUGGUGUGUCUUUGGCAGCAGCAGUCAUGUCUUUGAGCUACUCUACUAUUGCCUGGACGACUUCAAUUGACAAAGGUGUAGUACCGGAUGUACAAUACAGCUACAAAGCUAAGAGCACAGCAGGCAAAGUUUUUGAUUUCUUUGGAGCCUUGGGUGAUGUCGCUUUUGCCUAUGCUGGGCACAAUGUGGUCUUGGAGAUUCAGGCAACAAUUCCUUCCACACCUGAGAAGCCAUCCAAGGGGCCAAUGUGGAGGGGAGUGAUUGUUGCCUAUAUAGUUGUGGCCUUGUGCUACUUCCCUGUUGCUCUUAUCGGAUAUUAUAUUUUUGGGAAUUCCGUGGUAGACAAUAUCCUCAUUUCGUUAGAGAAACCUGUGUGGCUCAUUGCAAUGGCUAACAUGUUUGUUGUCAUUCAUGUUAUUGGAAGCUAUCAGAUUUAUGCGAUGCCAGUCUUUGACAUGUUAGAAACUGUGCUGGUAAAGAAAUUGAAGUUCAGGCCAAGUUUCAUGCUUCGCUUUAUUACAAGAAAUUUAUAUGUUGCAUUCACAAUGUUUGUUGGUAUUACCUUCCCAUUCUUUGGUGGUCUUCUUUCAUUCUUCGGAGGAUUUGCCUUUGCCCCAACAACUUACUUCCUCCCUUGCAUCAUGUGGCUCGCUAUCUACAAACCAAGGAAAUUCAGCCUAUCUUGGAUUGCUAAUUGGAUCUGCAUUGUGUUGGGAGUUCUUUUGAUGGUUUUAUCACCAAUUGGAGGGCUAAGGCAGAUCAUACUUCAAGCCAAGGGCUAUUCAUUCUACUCUUAAGCGUCCGGCAACCACAAAGGAAGAAGCGGUUCAAGAAUCUUACAAUAAUAUUGAAGCAGAGCCUGAUCAUACAGACAAUGACCAGAAUGAUAAAUGGGCGGGUUUUGUCAAGCAAUCACUGGACGAACCUCACUAGGAUUUCUGGACUAUGAAUACAUCGUUGUUUCUAUAGAAACGGAAUUGGGGCCAUGGGAUCAGCUGAACAGCUUUCUCUGGAGGCCUUUACUGUUGCUGUUUUUCUUUUUCUUUUUUUUUCCCCCUAAUUAUCGUGUGUAUACAUACCUUUGAGUAUUUUCAUGUUUUGAUUUUUAUAGCUGAAAUGAAGGUGGGUUCCAAAGUCUUCUGAGAUUAUGAUGAGUACAAUAUUCUGUUUUUCUGAAUGCAAUUUCUAUGUAAUCAUUCAAAUUGUUGGUAAUUCUAAUGCAAAAAAUUGAGGAGUUCCAGA